UCCGCCCUAGACCUAAAUCCCCAAUUCCCCUGUCCAAUUUGACGACGUUGGAGGUCGAGUCGCCGAGAUGGACACCCCCACCCCAUCCGCCGACCUAGAUAUGGUAAACUCUAGUAGUAGUAGCUCAGGUGGAUCAACUGCAUCUGCUCGCACGCCAGGCUCAAGUGGAUCUGCCCGCCCGGGAAACUCAGGUGGAUCAGCUGCAUCUUCUCGCACGCCAGGCUCAAGUGGAAACUCAGGUGGAUCUGCGCGCACGGAAAGCUCUAGUACCUCAGGUGGAUGUGGAUCUGCGCCCACAACCAUCCCGGCGGUCGAGUGGUCACUGGCUCAACCCUUGGGCAGCAGUGCGUCCGCCCCGCCGGUCUUGUCCAGAACCAUCCCGGCGGUCGAUUGGUCACUGCCUCAACCCUUGGGCAGGGCGUCCGCCCCGCCGGUCUUGUCCAGAAACAUCCAACCAAGCCUGCCCAGCACAGGCACGGGAGGAGCAACACCCACGGCUCUCGAGGAGUCGACUCUGCACCUGGCCUCUGGCUUGGAGUCCAUGAAUCUCACAGGUGGUGGAGGAGGAGGAGGAGGAGGAGGAGAGCCGCCGGCCGUCGAGAGGCCUUCCACAUCCACGACCGUGCCCAGAAAGAGGACCCCUGGGAGGUGGAGGAGGAUCCCACGCAUGUGGUAUCAUCCACCGGCCCAUACGCCAGAAAUGCAAGCCUUUAUUGACAAGGGUAAUUUGGUGACGCUGGAAAACAUUGAGUUCAUCAAGAAUAUGCAAGAGAAGGACUGCCAUCUGGAGACGGAAGAGGAUAUUCGUGAAUUCCAUGCCUUCAAGGAAAAGAUGGUCCGAUCCCUGACCUUGAUCGUCCAAGCCAAGCCCGAGAAUAUCUUCCUCUCCUACAAACGAUUCAGCGACACAAGGGAGGAGCACUUGACUGCCGAGGGCAUGGAAGCACACAUAUUACAACAAUUUCCUGAAAGCAAGCCUUGCCAGCAAGCAAAGCACUUUGCUGAACUUGCUCUAAAGCACUACAAUAAGAAGAGGAUGGAAUCGCGCAAGUUUAAGUUGGCCACAACUCUUUUAUCCAAUUGUUUCUCUGAGUCGUCUGGGACUACAUAUGGGCAUGUCAAUUUCACUGCUAUUCUUGAGGAGAAGACUGCCACACAACCCACAUCCAAGACAAAAAGGCUGUUUUUUGCUGAGCUUAUGCUCAUUCCGAAGCUUCAAGCAGAUCCAGAAGCUGAGCCUAUGCGUGUGGUACAUGUGUAUGUCAUUGAUGAUGACUAUUGCUAUGGUGGAUGCAAGAAAAUAUUUAGAAAGAUCGAUCACAAAAUGAGGCGUGAGAUGGAUUAUGAGCGCUGUCAUGCAUGCAGUGACCUUAUUAAGCAUCCAAAAGGGCAACUUUUUGAUGGAGGGCAUAAUAGCAGCAGAAUGCCUUACUUCUCUGCUGUGUAGUUCACAUAAGCAUCUAAAGUUUACUGAAGACUCGAGAGAGAUGCUGGAGAGUGGGAAUAUCAAGACAGUAAGUGGUGCUGCGACAGCUGAAUCCAGUAGUUUUCGAAGAAGAAAGAGUCACAAAAACAAAGUCCUUCUGUUAAUUUCUGCAUCGGUGAUCUUUUCCAUUUGCAUUGGAUAUCUAUGGUGCUGUCUCUGUGCUGCUACAGUUGGUUGCAGGGACAUUGCCUGAUGCUUGGGUAAACUGCUUUCAUGGUUGGUGGUCACUUUAAGAAAACUGCUUUAUCUGGAAACUUGAGAUGUUGGACUGUACCACUGAAUCACCAAUACAUAAAGCAGUUUUAUUGCUUAUAUGUAUUUCUCACAUUCUCCUUACUCUUGUGGAGAUUGUGGCGUUGCCUGAGAGAUGCGUAAUUGAUGUUUGUGUAUUGUUUCCGAGUUGUCAUUCUUGUAUUAUAAAUUGUUAGUGUGCCUUUUCAGUACUCCGUA